AUGGCCAAGCGCCUCUUCACCACCCCGAUCCUUCGCUGUCCUCCUGCUUGCCUACGGACAGGGGCUGUGUCGAUGGAGAUUCUGUCGUUCCGGGCCACCGCCCGCCAUCCCAGUCUGCGCCAGUUUUCGUCCAAGUCAUGGCGACAAUAUCACAAGGACAACAAUGAGAACAAAGGAGGGUUUGGCUCACGGUUACGCUUUGCGCUGCGUAACACCAAGGUCGAAUGGUACCCCAUCCCCGUUGGGCUGGGUAUCGGUCUCCUCGGACUGCUGAGUUUCUACAAGUCGCAACGUGCCGAACGCGAUCGCCUGGCUCGUGAUGCCGCUGGAGAUGAAUGGGAGGAGGGGACACGACCGCCGCGCCGCCCCCGGAUCUCACUAUCGGGUCCCUGGCAUGUCCAGAUCAUGUCUACCCUGCCCCUGAAAGCCAUGUCGCGACUAUGGGGCCGCUUCAACGAAAUCGAACUCCCUUACUACUUCCGAGUCCCUGGAUUCAAGCUUUACUCCUGGGUCUUUGGUGUGAACCUCGAAGAGGUCGCCGAGCCCGACUUGCACACGUACCCGAACCUGGCCGCAUUCUUCUAUCGCAAGCUGAAGCCCGGUGUGCGACCCUUAGACCCCAACCCGCACGCUCUACUUGCACCCUCGGACGGCCGAAUCUUGCAAUUUGGUACGAUCGAACGCGGCGAGGUGGAACAGGUCAAGGGAAUGACAUACAGUCUGGAUGCUCUCCUGGGGUCGGCCACACCCGAACACGCCGACCACACCAAGCGGUUGGCCGAUAAGGGCGAGGCGGAGACCCAAAAGGAUGUCGAAAACAUGUCCGCUCAUGAGGAGUUUGCCCGCAUGAACGGUAUUUCUUACACACUGCCCACUCUCCUCUCUGGUGAACACGAUGCGCCCAAAGGCCAAGUAUCAUUGGAUGCCUCAACUGCAUCCAAGUCCACCUCGGAAAUCCAAGUGCAAGAAGAGCUGGCUCGUGGCGAUGGUACACCGUGGUAUGCCCCCAAGACUGCGGCCAACCAUGCCUUGUUCUAUGUCGUGAUCUACCUCGCUCCCGGUGACUAUCAUCGAUUCCACUCCCCCGCUCCGUGGGUCGUUGAAAGCCGUCGCCACUUUGCUGGCGAACUGUAUUCCGUCUCCCCCUACUUGCAAAGACAUCUUCCCGGGUUGUUCACCCUCAACGAACGAGUAGCCCUCCUCGGUCGGUGGCGAUGGGGAUUCUUCAGUUACACACCGGUCGGGGCGACCAACGUAGGCUCCAUCAAAAUCAACUUUGACUCGGAACUCCGCACCAACAGCCUCCUCACGGAUACCGCUGCAGACUUGGCAGCGGCCUUGGCUUCGAAGCGGGGUGAGCAAUAUCCCGGUUUUGUCGAGGCGACUUAUCGCCACGCUAGCCGCACCCUGGGUGGACACCCCCUGCAGCGCGGAGAGGAGAUGGGCGGAUUCCAGCUUGGCAGCUCGAUUGUGCUCGUGUUCGAGGCACCCUUAGGAACACGGUCUGAUGACGCUGGCUCGUCCGACAAGGCCCCUGAUGGCUGGACCUGGAAUAUCGAAAAGGGACAGCGCAUCAAGGUCGGCGAGAAGUUGGGUUCUGUGGGUGACACAUGA